UGGGGUCGCGGCGGCGGCGGCCUCCCGGGGCUGGGGUCCGUCUCGGCGGAAGUCUCGCGAGGGCGCGUAGCCGGGAUUUGGCGGCUGCCUCCCUCCCUCCUUCCCUCCCUCCCUCCUCCCUCCCCGGCUGGCUGCGAGGAGCUGGUGUUUGUGUGGAAGGGGGAGGAGGAGGCGCAGGAAGGGGAGCGAGAGGAGCCCGAGCCCCGCCAUCCGCGGAGGGCAGCGCCCCGGAGUCCCCUCCGCAGCGCCGCGCCUGCCCCGCGCCCCGCCAUGGCCUCGGGAGACACGCUCUACAUCGCCACGGACGGCUCGGAGAUGCCCGCCGAGAUCGUGGAGCUGCACGAGAUCGAGGUGGAGACCAUCCCGGUGGAGACCAUCGAGACCACCGUGGUGGGCGGCGAGGAGGACGAGGAGGAGGAGGAGGAGGACGAGUGCUGCGAGGAGUGCGGCCCGCACCACCCGCCGCACCACUACCACCACCACCAGCCCAUGAUCGCGCUCCAGCCGCUCGUCUCGGACGGGGACCCGAGCGGCGCGGGCGGCGGCGCGGGCGGCGGCGGCGGGGGGCAGCUCCACCUGCACCACCACCACCAGGAGGUGAUCCUGGUGCAGACCCGCGAGGAGGUGGUGGGGGGAGACGACUCGGACGGGCUCCGCGCCGACGACGGCUUCGAGGACCAGAUCCUCAUCCCGGUGCCGGCGCCCGCCGGCGAGGACGAGUACAUCGAGCAGACCCUCGUCACCGUGGCCGCCGCCGGCAGCAAGAGCGGCGGCGGCGGCUCCUCCUCGGCCGGCGGCGGCGGCCGCGUGAAGAAGGGCGGCAGCGGCAAGAAGAGCAGCAAGAAGAGUUACCUGAGCGGGGGAGGCGGCGGCGGCGCCGAGGGCGGCGGCGGCAGGAAAUGGGAGCAGAAGCAGGUGCAGAUCAAGACCCUGGAGGGGGAGUUCUCGGUCACCAUGUGGGCCUCGGAUGAUAAAAAAGAUAUUGACCAUGAAACAGUGGUGGAAGAGCAGAUUAUUGGAGAGAAUUCUCCUCCGGAUUACUCAGAAUACAUGACGGGAAAGAAACUUCCUCCUGGUGGAAUACCUGGCAUUGACCUCUCAGACCCCAAGCAGCUGGCUGAAUUUGCUAGAAUGAAGCCAAGAAAAAUUAAAGAAGAUGAUGCUCCAAGAACGAUAGCUUGUCCUCACAAAGGCUGCACAAAGAUGUUCAGGGACAACUCUGCCAUGAGGAAGCAUCUUCACACCCAUGGCCCUCGAGUACAUGUAUGUGCAGAAUGUGGCAAGGCCUUUGUGGAGAGCUCCAAAUUAAAGAGACAUCAGCUAGUUCAUACUGGAGAGAAGCCCUUUCAGUGCACGUUUGAAGGAUGUGGAAAGCGUUUUUCACUGGACUUCAAUUUACGCACACACGUGCGAAUUCAUACUGGCGACAGGCCCUACGUUUGCCCAUUUGACGGCUGCAAUAAGAAGUUUGCGCAAUCAACUAACCUGAAAUCUCACAUCUUAACACACGCUAAGGCCAAAAACAACCAGUGAAAAUAGGAGGAGAAAGUUCUUGAACUCAAAGCAUCUUACAGGAGAAUGAUCGAGAAUAAAUAUGCCUCCCCUUUGUAUAUUGUUUCUAGGAAAGAAUUUUAAAAAAAAGAACCCUACAAACCUAAAGGACGUGUUUUGAUAAGUAGUAAAUAAAAAGCAAAAAAACACACAACAAAACUUUAAGGUGACGUUGCUAAGAUGCUCUACCUUGCUCUGUAAUCCCGUUUCAAGAACACGGUGUUUUGUAAAGUGCGGCUCCGACCGGAGGGGUCUGUUCAUGAACUUGCGUCAAAAAGACAAUUCUUUAUACAACAGUGCUAAAAUUGGACUUCUUUUCACAUUCUUAUAAAUAUGAAGCUCACCUGUUGCUUACGAUUUUUUUAAUUUUGUAUUUUCCAAGUGUGCAUAUUGUACACUUUUUGGGGAUAUGCUUAGUAAUGCUAUGUGUGAUUUUUCUGGAGGUUGAUAACUUUGCUUGCAGUAGAUUUUCUUUAAAAGAAUGGGCAGUUACAUGCAUACUUCAAAAGUAUUUUCCUGUAAAGAAAAAAAAGUUAUAUAGGUUUUGUUUGCUAUCUUAAUUUUGGUUGUAUUCUUUGAUGUUAACACAUUUUGUAUAAUUGUAUCGUAUAGCUGUAAUGAAAUCAUGUAGUAUCAAAUAUUAGAUGUGAUUUAAUAGUGUUAAUCAAUUUAAACCCAUUUUAGUCACUUUUUUUGGAAAAAUACUGCCAGAUGCUGAUGUUCAGUGUAAUUUCUUUGCCUGUUCAGUUACGGAAAGUGGUGCUCAGUUGUAGAAUGUAUUGUACAGGCACUGACCUUUUAUUAACACCUGAUAAUAUGUACAUCCCAUGUAAUAGAAGGGGCAACAAUAAAACAGUGGUCCGAAAGAAAGAAUAUGGCAGAAAAUGAUCUGUAAGCACAGUCUAUUUUCUUUUGUUGUCCAGAGCAAUUCCAGUUCCUCUUGAACCUCCCAGAAAUUGGAAGUUAAAUAAACUCAAGUUUCCUUUACUUGACAAAUCAUUGUAAUUGAAUGCAAUGAAAUUGCAUGAUGCCCCAUGAGUCGAUGUGCCCAAACAACUGGUGCCUGUACCUCUGGGUUUGCUGAGUGACCUAGACUUUCACUGACUGCAGUGGGGGUUUGGAGACGUGGCGGUGUCGUAAAGGAGCUGUCAGGGAGCCUGGACAGCAGGUAGGGGGACAGGGCAGUGUGUAGCUAUCCGGGCGCCCUUGCUUAGUCAAGGUAAGGAACCCUGGAGGUUUAAAUUCAAUGGCAGUAUAGAGCGCUGGAACAGUAGGGCUUGAGUGGUAAUUCCAGGAAAAAAAAAAACUAUAUUCUUUUGGCUAACUUGUUUGACUAGAUAGAAUAACGAAAAAUCCUAGAACCUCCUUGAUCCCCUUUUACUUUAAAGUAAGAACUUAAAAGUUCUCUAAAAUAAUUUGAUGGAGUUCUGAUGGUCUAACUAAAAGUGGUUGCUACUUGUUU